CGAGGUGAAAGCGUGCGUUUGCACUGGCUAUUGAUUAGUCAAAGGCGAUCGAGUUCAAUAAUUAUUUGGACUCAGCAGGGGAUUUGGUUGGAUAAUCGUCUGAGAGGUUACAGAUGAAAAUCUGAUUUGAGGUCAAGCUGUGACAUGGAUACAGAGCCAGAAUCAGAAGUUGGACAGCUCCGGCCAAUGAAAAGCAGUGUUUCUGUGUUGUCAAGGCCUGAUGGUUCAGCCAAUGUCUGCCAAGGUAACACUUGUGUCAUAGCAGCAGUGUAUGGACCAUCAGAGGUCAAGAUGUCUAAGGAGAUCAUUGACAAGGCCACUGUGGAGGUGACCUUCAAACCCAAAACCGGGCUUCCAGGAUGUGCCGAGAAACUGGAAGAGCGACUGCUGCGAAACACAUGCGAGACUGUCAUUCUGGCGGCUCUUCACCCUAGAUCAUCCAUAAGUAUCAUUGUUCAGGAGCUACAGAACUCUGGCUCACUGUUGGCUACGUCUGUCAAUGCCGCUUGCCUUGCUCUCUUAGAUGCCUGUGUACCUAUGAAGUGUAUAGCAGCGGCUGUUUGUGCCAUCAUUGAUGCAGAUGGGCAGAUUCAACUGGACCCAACAGAGUUGCAGGAAAAAACUGCAAGUGCUUGGGUAACUUUCGCCUUUGACAGUAAAAACUUUGAUGUGAUAACUGUGAAAACAUCAGGCAUCUUCACACAGGAACAGUUUCAGUCCUGUUUAUUGGCCUGCAGAGAGGCCAGUAAAUCAGUGUUCAAGUUUUAUAGGGAUGCAAUGGAAAAGAAACUUUCGAAAUCAUAGAACUAUUUCGUGUUGCUUUGCCAGUGAGGUUACAUGUACCUCAUUCAUCUGUGAUGUGAUCAUUAUGUAUUGAUGCCUGUUUAGUUCAACUGCCCUUGUGGCCAUAUUGGAUUUAUAACAAUAAGAAUUCCCAGAUCGCUAAAGAUAUCCAACUUGGCUGCGAGCGCAAGUCAUAUAUUGUCCCAUAUGUUUAAGAACAUCCUUAAUGUUUGAAAGGGUCUUUCACAUUCGUGCAGAAAAAAAAAUGAAUCCCUGUUGUUGCUUGUGUCAUUACCAAACUUCUGUGUAAUACAACCGUACGAAUGUCAUUGAUGGUUGGGGACUCUUUGGCAUAGUUGCCUGUACAUAAGCCUUAAGACACUGGGGUUGAUGCCACAAGAUGUAAACACUAAAAACCUCAUCACAAUGCUUAAUCUUAAGUACUGAAAGUUGAAAUAUUUACACAUUUGUCUUCAGAUAACAUUUAUGAGGUGAUAAAAAAUGUACUUUCUAGAGAUGCCAGAAUAGCUCGCUCUGCAAAUUUUGCCAAGUUAGAAUUGUCUAUGUAGAAUUGCUUUUUUACCACAAAUGUGAGGAUUAUCUGGUCUUGCUGACACAGAUCUAACUUUGACCAUGCAAUAUCCAGGAACUCUGCUUGUCUCCUCCACCUAGGAUUAACUUAACUUCCAUGAUGAAAGGGAGAUAAUCUAGUUGUGGCUUAAAAUAUCAGUGCCAUAAAACCUUGAUGCUGUUUCAUCUUUAUUUAUCAUUGUGUAUUUUGUAGUAUUGUAACUUCAAUCUUGCUGCAAUCUCACUGAAAGCAGGUCUGUUCAUCAGUUUCAGUUCUGUCUGUUUUGUUGGUAGUCUGGAUGAACACCCAUUUCACUUUAAUAGCCUAUUCAUUUAAUCAAAUUCUUAUUUACCAGUUUUUGGGAAGUGAAACGCAGUUGUCACAGCUACAACUGCAGCGUACAGCUUAUUGCACAUGUUUGACAUGAUGAUGCUGAUUGGUGGUAAAGUUCGAUCUUUCCAUCUGAAAAGGAGUCACCACAUGGGCUGGAUGUUCUUUAGGUGUUACUUCAGAUCUGUAAGUGACAAGUCAGUACACCAGACUGGGUUCUGGAUCUGAUAUUAGUGAGACCGCCCUGCUGCUGCUGAACAUGUUUCUAAGCAUUGUUGAUAAUGCAGAACUAGUGUACAUUGAUACUGCAGCAUUGCUUGUCUGUAAACCUUGAUAAUGUAGCAUUGCUUGUGUGUAAACCUUGAUACUGCAGGAUUGCUUGUCUGUACAUCUUGAUACUGCAGCAUUACUUGUCUGUAAAACUGAAUACUGCAGCAUUGCUUGUCUGUAAACCUUUGUACUGCAGCAUAGCUUGUCUGUAAUCCUUUGUACUGCAGCAUAGCUUGUCUGUAAACCUUUAUACUGCAGCAUUGCUUGUCUGUAAACCUUGAUACUGCAGCAUUGCUUUUCUAGAGAUAAUAGCAUGGCUCGUCUGUAGACAUUAGUACAGUUUUACUUCAGAAUUUCCACAAUGCAGUUGCUGUCCAGCUCAUGCUCUCUGGUCGUAUGUGGGUUGGUCCAAGCUGAGAGGUAUAUCCAUGUUUUAUAAAGGAAACAAAUAUUUUCAGUUGGAUUGGGAAUAGAGACACACUAAUAUUUCCAGUUACUGACGUGUAAUUUUUCCUGUGACACAGUAGGCCUGCUAUCAUGAUGAUAAAUUCAGAAUGCAUCACUUUGUUGAUGUUAACAUAUACCUUGGAAAUUAUGUGUUUUUUUACAGUUCCACCAACAAAAUACUAGGGCACAGGCAUUUAAAAAAAAAAAUUUGCAAAAUUUAUUUAUUUCAAAUACAUAUUAUGAAAGUGAUCUUUGUCAGUAGCAAGCAAUUAUCAUUGAUCAUGUGAAAUAAACAAUAUGCAGCAGGAAAAGGGAUUAAACUGGCCUGAAUGUUACUUCUGCUUUUUUACACAUUAUCCGAAAUGCCACCUCACAAAUCCAUAUACCUCCCAGCCCAUGCUCUGCUCCCUGCGUUUGCUUCACAUCAACGCUGCCACUAGCUGAUUAUUACAGGGAAUUUGAAGAUUCCUGGGUUUUCACUAUAUGCGGGGGCCUUUGUGACAGUAAGCUCAUGUGGCCAUUUGCGAGUUUUACAUUCACUGAAGACUACUCUCUUCCAUUGUGUGCAUAUUCGUCAUAUUCGCUGGACAGGUCCAGUUUCCUGCACCCUUAAUACUGACUGGG